CCUCCCUGCUCUCCUCUUUUCCUGAAAUUCCAGGUUGUUGUUAUUAUGCUGACGGUGGAUUUUCUUUUGGCUGCGUGCGGACCUUAACCUCCCAAUCCCCUCGGCGUACAGCCGUUGCCUUGAUGUUGUAACUUGUACGACACAGGCCGCAACGAAACCCGAUGAAGCUCUCACCAGCAUCAUUAUUAGCCUAUGCCUCGCUGGCGCGGCUAACAUAUGCUCAGGCGCGUAAAUGCUACUUUCCGAACGGUGAGGUGUCGAUAGAGGACCACCCCUGUGAUCCAGCCGCCGACGAGAGCGUGUGCUGCGGCCCUCCGUCCGACACUGGCGGCGCCUGUCUGUCCAACAAGCUUUGCUACUCUCCAAAGACGGGGAGGACCAGCCGGGGAUCAUGUACAGACGCGGACUGGUCGUCGCCUGCUUGCCUGAAUUUCUGCACAGUGCCGUUGAACGCAGGGCACGAAGUUCUGCCUUGCUCCAACGUCACCGGAACCGAUUCCUACUGUUGUCACAAAGAUAAUGUGGAGACGGGAAACUGCUGUUCUUGGCCGGCUCUACGCAAGGAGUUUGGGGUUUCGCCGCCAUUUACAUGGGCUGUGUGGGUUGCUUCGGAAACAGGCUUUGUGGUUGCAACGCCUCUGUCGACGUCGACAUCGACAUCAACGGCGUCCUCUUCAAUCGCUUCAUCGAGUGCCUCGAUCAGUCCAUCCCCUCCACCGCAGUCUAGUAGUACGACCAGCACAAGCAAUGGACUGCCGGCACAGGCCACAUCAGGGAGCUCUGACCCGGGUCAGGUAUCAGCCACUGCUCAAUCACCAGGAUUGACUACCGGGGCCCAAGCUGGUAUUGGGGUGGGAGCAGCGAUCGGUGCCCUCUUGAUCGCGGCCUUGGCCUACAUACUCUGGAAGCUGAACCGGACCAACAAGUUGAUGGAGGAAGCCCUGCGGCAGCAAUGGAUGGCAGAGCAGAGCCAGGUUGCAGCCGGGCAAGCAAAGACAGAGUUGCCAGGACAGUGGACGGGGCACGAAUUAUCCGCGACGGAUCCACCAAGUUACGAAUUGCCCGCGGAGCAUCAUUAUCUACGUUGACCCUGCAUCGUUCAGGAGCUCGUCUGUAUACUUUGUGCAUGUUUACUUUAUUUUCUUCCUCACCUUUGGGCAGCGGGCCUGGGUAAACUUCUUGAGAUACCCCCGUUCCAUCAGCACUUAGCCGUUACACGACUCGGAAUAUGCCAUAAUUCAAGCCGGCGACGAAACACCGACCUAGGGAACCCUAAGAACAUAGUCACAGCCUAGAGGAGGGAUUCAGUGGAGUAGUAUUUGUUAGGUG